AGGGGGGUCCUGCGCGGCGCAGCUGCCGUGAAUGUGCCUUCGGCGGAGGGCGGUUAGCCAUUCGCCCAAGCUCCCUGGCGGAGAAUUGUGGGAUGCCUGAGCAGCCGCCGAAGGAAGGAGGAGGAGGAGGCGGCAGCAGCAGCAGCAGGCGGGCAGCGCGCACACACAAUAUGUGCUGGCUCGCCAAGCGGAGGAAAAGCGCCCAGGCGGCAGGAGGCGCCCCGGCCCCGCCGAAGGGAGCCCGCGGCCCCGUGUGAAGGAGGAGGAGGAGGAGGAGGAGGAGCGGCGGCAGCAGCCGAGGCCGAGGAGGAGGAGGCGGCGGCCUCUUCCCGGCCCCGCGGACGGACGAUCGGCCCGGCGGACAAUGUCUUUCAAAGAGAGCAAGGCGGCGGCGGCGUUGGCGUUGGAGCGAGCCAAGCCGAGCGAGGAGCCGGUCCGCAAACUGAGUUCAAGUUGGAUCAACGGCAUGGAGAGCGGCCCGGCGGGUCCCUCGGCCGAGAAGAAAAACCACCACUGGAAAAGUUACAAGUUGAUUAUUGACCCGGCGCUGAAGAAAGGCCAGCACAAGCUCUACCGCUACGAUGGGCAACACUUCAGCAUUCCUAAUCCCAGUCUGGCCCCCGUGGAGUGCGUGGAGGACCCCAGGAUAGGACGCAUCUGGACCAAAACGAAAGAACUGGAACUCUCCGUCCCCAAAUUUAAGAUUGACGAGUUUUACGUGGGGCCCGUGCCCCCCAAGCAAGUCACUUUUGCCAAGCUGAACGACAACAUCCGCGAAAACUUCCUGACCGACAUGUGCAAGAAAUACGGCGAGGUGGAAGAGGUGGAGAUUUUGUACAACCCCAAGAACAGGAAGCACCUGGGCAUCGCCAAAGUCGUCUUUGCCACCGUCAGGGGCGCCCGGGAAGCCGUCCAGCACCUGCACAACACUUCCGUCAUGGGGAAUAUCAUCCACGUGCAGCUAGAUACAAAAGGUGAGAAGCGCAUGCAUUUUUAUGAGCUCCUCGUGAACGGGCUGUACACUCCGCAGACUUUGCCAGUGGAGACGGAGCAGGACGCAUCCCCCACCCUCAAUGAGACCCUGCAGUUGGCCGACACUCUGAAACGGCUGAAGGACAGUGGCCUUUCUUCGGCAGGAUCCUCCACCACCCCGAACAGCAGCACCCCAUUCUCCCACGACACGGCCUUUUCCAGUUGUCGACAGGACACCCCCAACUCCUACAGCCAGUUCACCCCCCAGUCGCAAGGAACGCCUCUGACGCCACGCCUGGGGACCCCCUUUUCCCAAGACUCCGCCUACUCUAGCCGACAGACCACGCCGGCCUACCAUUUCGGACAGGACUCCGGCUACAAACCCCGGAGGCACGAAACGAAAUUCACGGACGCUUAUAACCGCCGUCUGGGCCACCACUACGUACAUAACUCAGCUGGGACUUUCCGAAGCUCCGAGCAUCAAUUCGGCACCUUCAAGUCCCAUCAGCCGGAAACGGUGCAAUAUCCCCAGGCGUCCCCCGUGAGUCACACAGGUGCUUCGACGUACAAAUCCGCCUUCUCCCCCUACCAAGCCCCAACCACCUACCCCCAGCCUGAAGAGCCCCCGUUUUCUCAAACAUCCCGGGAAGUGGAAUACCGGCGGCCCCCACUUCCCACUGAGGUGACCGUCGAAAGUAGCCCAGCUCCUCCGGCGGAAUUUGUUCCUGCAAAGGACAAACCGGAGGAGCCCCCUCCUCUUCCUCCGCCCCCGCCUCCCCCAGAGCCCGACAGUCUUACCGAACCUUCCGUUGGGCCGUCCUUCGGCCAGACUCCGGAAAGGAGCGAGACACCCGGCACCCCGACUGUAGAAUCGGAAAGUCAGCCGAACAGUUUGGACACGAGGAUCGAAAUGCUUUUAAAGGAGCAGAGGAGUUUUAUCGAGCACGACUCGGACAACGAGAUACGGAUGGAAGGCAGCCCCAUUUCUUCGUCCUCUUCCCAGCUUUCCCCGAUCCCAAACUCGCAGCCCAGCUAUCGAGUGCAAACCCCUUCCUCGCGCCCUUCCAGCACCGGCUUGGAAGACAUCAGCCCGACCCCGUUGCCCGAUUCGGAUGACGACGAGCCCAUUGGCGGGGUGGCUUCUGCCUGCCAGAACUCGUGGGGGGCAGCCGAGGCGAGCGUCACCCCUGUGGACCAGCUGAACCGAACUUCCAAAUCGGAGCCCUUGGAGGCUAAAGAAGCACAGCCGGUUAGCAGCAGCCCCGUGCUCGAAAAAAUGGAAGAGUGUCAUCAAUCUUCAGGGGAAGACAUGGAGAUCUCGGACGACGAGAUGAGCGAAUCGCCCAGUGCGGAAUGUGCCAAGAACAUUGUGGUGAACACCUCCAUUGGCGGCAGCUCCGUGAUGACCUCUUCCAUCCCGAUGCCUCCGCCCGGCUUCCCUCCCCUACCCCCUCCUCCGCCUCCCCAGUCGGUCUUCCCGAUGCCUCCUCCUCUUCCUCCCCCGCCUCCGCCCACCCACCCCGCUGUCACCGUCCCCCCUCCGCCCCUCCCGACCCCUCCGGGGGUCCCUCCCCCUCACAUCCUGCCCCCUCUCCCUCCUUUCCAUCCGGGGAUGUUUCCUCUGAUGCAGAUGGACAUGAUCAGCGUCCUGGGCAACCAGUGGGGGGGCCUGUCCAUGUCUUUCCAGAUGCAAACCCAGAUGCUCAGCCGCCUGAUGCAAGGGCAGAACACCUACCAGUACCCCCCCUUCGUGAGUAACCGGAUGCAGUUUGUGAACCUCCCUCCCUACCGGCAUUUCUCCAUGGGGGCAGCUAUGAACCGGGGGCAGCAGUGGCCCCCUUUGCCCAGGUUCGACCCCUCCGUCCCCCCUCCGGGUUACGAGCCCAAGAAGGAAGAUCCGCACAAGGCCACGGUGGACGGCGUCCUCUUGGUGAUCGUGAAGGAGCUCAAAGCAAUAAUGAAAAGGGAUUUGAACAAGAAGAUGGUGGAAGUGGUGGCGUUCCGGGCGUUUGACGAUUGGUGGGACAAGAAGGAACGUCUUGCUAAGGCAUCUUUGACCCCGGUUAAAUCUGGGGACCAUAAAGACGAGGAGAAACCGAAACCAAAGGACCGCAUCACCUCCUGCCUUCUGGAGAACUGGAAUAAAGGAGAAGGGUUGGGCUACGAAGGGAUCGGCUUGGGCAUCGGGCUGCGAGGGGCCAUCCGGUUACCAUCCUUUAAGGUGAAGAGAAAGGAGCCACCCGAAGCUGCCUCAGCUGGAGACCAGAAGCGGAUCCGGCCAUCGACCUCUGUAGAUGAUGAAGAUGAAGAAUCCGAACGAGACCGAGACUUGCCCGACGCAGCCUUAGAGCUCUCCAGGAAAGAUCCGGAAGCUGUGGGCCUCCGAAGAAGGCCUGCGAGGCCGUUGGAGCUGGACAGCGAAGGAGAGGAGGAAGACUCGGGCAAGGAAGAGGAAGAGGAGGAAUCCUCUUCGGAAAAAGAGGCAGAACGGGAGGAAGAGGAAGGGGUGAUGAAAUCCAUGUCCGAUAAGGAAGAGGAGGAAGAGGAUGAUGUCAACGAAGAAGAGGAGGAGGAGGAGGAGGAGGAAGAAGAGACCGAAGCACAGAUCAGUGAAAAAGAAGAGGAUCAAGAUUCUGAAGAAGCAGAAGAUCUAGGAAGCCCUGCUUCUUCCAGAGCAGAACUUGAGUCGUCCGAUGAAAGCGAGGAAUCCUCAGACUUCGGGACAAGUUCUGAUUCUGAUGACGAAGAUGAAGAAGAAGAGGAGGAGGAAGAGGUGGAGGAGGAGGAAGAAGAAGAGGUGGAGGAGGGUGAAAAUUACGAGGAACAGAUGGAGGAUGAGGAGGGGCCCUCGUUAUCGCACGAGAGGGAGACCUUGCCCGCUGAACUGGGCCUCGAGUCCCUCGCUCCCGGACCUGAAGAUGAGGACGAAAAAGAGACCAUCUUGGAACUCUUUCCGGUGGAGGAGGACUACAUCCCCCUGGGCCUGGCAGAGCCUUCGGCUCCAGAAGGAGAAGAGAUGAAAGGAGAUCUCAGCAGGCCAGCUGAAGAGCAGGACCAGGAGAUUCCCGAGGCGUCCGUGGCUGCCGAUGUGCUGGUGGUGAUUGAGAGACCUCAGGAGGAGAAGCUCCGGCUGUCUCCACCCAGAGUGGAGGAGUCUGAACCAGACGUCGAACUGGAGCCCGAGAUGCUGGACGGUCCAAAAUCAGACGGCCAGGAGGGUGAAGGCCUCCGUCCUCCGACCCCGGUGGAACUCUUUGGAGAAGUCUUGUCCAACAAGGCCUCCUUUUUUACUAAGCCCAACAACAGCACUUUAGAAAUCCAAGCAAAAGGCAAAUCGCCCUGCGUAGCUGAGGAGGAAGAGGAGGAAGAGGAAGAGGAGCAGCUUCCUCGGACUCCCGGGAGGGAAGUGGUGACUCCCUUGGAGUCCGUCGGGCUUCCCUUCACCGCCAUGCCGCCCUGCUCGCUUCCCCUGCCCUCUUCCAUCGCACCUCACAAAGAGGAAUACUUGCUCCUUCCGGACAAGUUCCCCGAUCACUUAGGCCCAAGCAAGAUAGCACUAGAGGAGGAGCUGCCCCGGACGCCGGGCCGCGACAUUUUAGCCAAGUGUUCACACAGCUUCUCCAAGUCCCACAGCACGGACACCAUCCCCGCCACGCCAGGGAGCGAGGCGCCCCUCACUGGAAGCAGCCUGACGCUGAGUUCUCCUCCGGUGCCAGGCAGCCCUUUCUCGUACCCGUCCCAAUCCCCUGGCAUCAACAGCGGGGGCAUUCCCCGCACCCCCGGGAGGGAUUUCACCUUCACGCCGACAUUCCCCGAGCCUGGUGCUACCGCCCUCCCUUGCCUUCUGUCGAGCAAGAAGCCGUCGGAGGAGGAGCCCGACGAGAAAGUCUUCAAAGAACCUCUCGGCACUUCCUUGUUGGGUGGCGUGAACAGCGUGCCCUCCCCCAUCCCCUUUGCCAGCCCCCCUGUUUGCCACACCCACUUGGACUUAGCGCCCGGCCAACCUCUCCCGGUUCGUCCUUGCGUGUUCAUGGAUGCCAAGAUGGCGCUAGAGGAGUGCGUUCCGGACACGAGGGCCAUCUUACCCUUCCCGGACAUCCCCAUGGCUUCGCCCCCUCUCCCUCCAUCCAGCCCCUCUUCCGUCCUCCCCACCAAAAGGAAACCGGGCCGGCCGAAACGAGCUUCUCCUUUAGGAACCCUAUUGGAGGCCUAUUCGGACAAGCCCGUCGAGGCGGCCCCUCCUCUGCUUCCCAUCCCGGUUGCCUUGACGGAAAGUCCCGUGAACAAAGAGCUGUUUGGUAGCCAUCCCGAGGGCUUCUACGCUCUCAAAGAUCCGGAAGCGGUCACCUUGGACUUCCGGAACGACGCUUUCCACGAGAAGCUGCCUCCCGACCUCCUGAUGGAGAAGCUGCCCUUCAAGGAGCUGGAGAACCAGUGGAACGAGGACUUCAAAGAAGACGAGAGCUACCUGAAAGCUAAAAGGCAGCAGUGGAGGCGCCAGAAGAAGAGGCCCGACGACGUCCUGCAGAUCCCUUCCCCCGACUACUCCCCCCCUCGCUUCCAAUUCCGGCCCCGCUCCGAGUUCGAGGAGAUGACCAUCCUGUACGACAUCUGGAACGGCGGGAUCGACGACGAGGACAUCCAGUUCCUCUGCGUCACCUACGAUCACCUCUUGCAGCAGGACAACGGCAUGGACUGGCUGAACGACACGCUGUGGGUGUACCACCCUCCAACCAGCUUUUUCACCCCAAAGAAGAAGAAGCGGGACGAUGGGAUGCGGGAACACGUCACCGGCUGCGCCCGAAGUGAAGGCUAUUAUAAAAUCGACAAGAAGGAUAAGCUGAAAUACCUCAAUAACAGCCGAGCGUUUGCAGAAGACCCUCCCACCGACACACAGGGAAUGAGCAUCCCUGCUCAGCUCCAUGUUUCCACCCGGGCCGGCUCCGAACGGAGGUCAGAACAACGCAGGCUCCUCUCUUCCUUCACCGGCAGCUGCGACAGCGACUUGCUCAAAUUCAACCAGCUCAAGUUCCGGAAGAAGAAGCUGAAAUUCUGCAAGAGUCACAUUCACGACUGGGGGCUCUUCGCCAUGGAGCCCAUCGCUGCCGACGAGAUGGUGAUCGAGUACGUGGGCCAAAACAUCCGCCAGGUCAUUGCUGACAUGCGGGAGAAGCGGUAUGAAGACGAAGGCAUCGGCAGCAGCUACAUGUUCCGAGUGGACCACGACACAAUCAUCGACGCCACCAAGUGCGGGAACUUCGCCCGCUUCAUCAACCACAGUUGCAACCCCAACUGCUACGCGAAGGUCAUCACGGUGGAGUCGCAGAAGAAGAUCGUCAUCUACUCCAAGCAGCACAUCAGCGUGAACGAGGAGAUCACCUACGACUACAAGUUCCCCAUCGAGGACGUCAAGAUCCCCUGCUUGUGCGGCUCCGAGAACUGUCGAGGGACCCUGAAUUAAAAACAACAACAACAACAACAACCCAGUUGUGGGCCACGCAUCGGCGGCCUCCGGACUGCGGAAACCGAAGGCGUUUGGUUGCACUUUUGCCAAAAAAAAAGAAAAAAAAGGAAAAUGAAACCAAGUAGGGAAAGGAAAGAAAAACGGGAGAGUGGAGGGGGGGGGAACCCAUCCCGCCGGGCACGUCCUCUCCUUCCCGCAGGGAGACACACGAGCGUCAGACACGCACACUAGGACUCUUCAUGCUGCAGGUGCUUUUCAUCCAGUUCCUCGUCUCCUGCCGGCUUUUUCCGACGUCAAAACACUAUUUUAUUUUAUUUUUUAAAAAAGAGAGAAACAAAAAGAGAAAAAACUCCCCCAGCUCAACUGCUCCGCUCCGCAUCAGCCCAGCUCCGGUUGGGUAUACAGCAAAGGUAUUUUGUCUUUUCGUUAAAAAAACAAAACAAAACAUGAACUUUCUUCAUAAGAUGCUGCUACUUUUCCUCGUUCAUUUCCAGGUUUAGCGGGUGGGGGCUCUUCGGAGAGGGCGGGGGUAGCCAAGCGAGGAUUUUUUCCAACAGUGGCAAACGGGGGGAUUCCAAAGGGGAGGAUCCAUAAAUUCAGCACGUGGGGGGCGAGUGUUGCAGGUGGCCGAAGCGCUUAAGGAAUGUCCAGGCGAACGGUAGCGAUGGGGUAUGUGCGUGUGUGUGUGGUGGGGAUGUCUCAUCCCACCCACUCCUCUGAAUGUGAAGAAAUCCGCGCUCUUGAUACGAGGACCAAGAGCCUCCUGGCCUCUGUUUUGAGAACCUGAGGUUCUGUCCUUUCGUCCCUUCGCCAGCGUAGCCGCGCGCCUGACGGUUUUGAAAGCGGAGAAGGCCCCUCUCUCUUUGGGCAGCAUCCACCAGGCCCCGCUGUCUGCCGGAUGCCCCUCGCCCCCCUCUCUGCGGGGCUGCCCUCCUCCCAAGGAAGAGAGGUCAAGGGUCGACAAGGUCGACUCGAAUCCUAGAAUGGCUCAGAACCCCGAAGCAAAAACGGCCGUUUCCUCUCUUGGCGGGUGUCCCCUCUCAAGUCCGUGAGCAUUCAAGCAGGUUAGCCUCGGUAGCCUCUGGAGGGCCUGGCAGCUAAGCCAGCCUGGUAGAGGUCAGUUGGGCAGCUGCAAGGUGACACACCGGCUCUGCCCUUGUUGUGCCACCACUCCUUAACCCCUCUGGUAGGGUCUGCGAGAGCGUAAGGCUCUUCAAGCCAGCCUUGGGCCGCCCGGCACCGAGGGUCUCCCAGGUGGUCCUCGCAUAGCAAGCCAAGCAGGCACAAGCACCCCUCUCUAGGACGAUGGCCAGGUGAGGGACUUGCAAAAUUGGCCCCGGGGUUCUUAACAUCAAAAUGAGGGGCAAAAUCUCAGAUUCUCGUGCGCCCCCCCCCCCCUUCAGCCUCUGGUUGCAUUUUCUCGCCCUGCUGAAAACCUAUCAACUAGAUUAAAAGGCAGAGUCCAGCAGAGGUUGGACUCAAAAUUAUUUCAGACGUCUUUCUUUCCCCCCCCCCCCCCAAACCUGUGGCUUAGCCUCCUUUGGCUUUAAGAUGGUAGGAUGUGGCCAGUCCCUUCCUCUGGAUGCUCCUUAAUCGAUCGGCCUGCCCGCUGGCCUGAAGAGGUGGGCGCCAUUGCCUUUCCCUCCGCUUAGCGGGCAGGAAGAGGCAGGAGGAAGCUCGGCCCAGCUCCUUCCCCUGUAGGGGUGGUCCUCCUGGACCUCCAUGCUGGAGAAGUUGGAUUUGAUGGGGAAGGAAGGAGAGCGGAGGCCCUGCUCUCUCUCUCUCUCUCUUCCCUUGCCGUCUCGCCGUUUCUCCUCGGGCUCAUCCGUGUCCGUCACUGGACGCCUCCCAUGGUAGACAAACCCUCGUCUCGUUUCCCCCACCGUUCAGACCAGGUGACGGCUGCCCGUCAGCCGUCGCCUUUCAUGCUGUGAAUGUAAACCCACUAGGGAAGUUCUCCACACAGGCGUCACCCUGAAAUGUUAUGUAGCAGCUUGUGGAGGGGAAAGGAAAAAACCUUCCUUCUGAACCCCCCCCCUUCUCUCUCUCUUUCUCAUGUCUCUUCCUCCCCCCCCCCCCAUUUUUUCCCCCUUUCCCUAAGUGCAGAUUGAAAUAUAGGCCAACGUAUCCUAGUUCUCUUUGCUGUCCCGUAGAUUCCGCCAGUUAGUCUUAGCCGCGCUUGGGCGCAGGAGGACGAGAAGAAAGGGAGAGCCGAAGGCGUGGAGAGACGCGGAAACGGAUCCCUUCCUUGAGCCGAGGUUCUCCGCGGGUUUUCCUCCUCUAACUGUGGUUUGAGUUCCAUCCCAGUUGAAACCCUCUUCCAUCCUAAAUAAUAGGAUGUGGGAAGUGGGGUUAAUGAAAGUUCAAAGGGGCCCAGCUGUAAUCCUAAGUGGGUUCUUCAGCUCUCCUCCUCAAGGUCUCCUCGGCUGGAUCUCCAAAGAGAACGCCGUUGCUUGGACAAGGUGCCUAGGUCUCCUCCCUCCUCACGCGGCGUGGGAGGUUCAACCUCCUCUUCGCUUGACCUCACGCCACGCGUCCUCGGGGAGCCCCCACUCCGUGUCUGGAGUCCCAAGACCGCCUAGCCAGCUUUCAGACAUUCAACCCGACACUCGGGUUUCCAAGCUUGUGGUCCCUUCCUUCCUUCCUUCCUUGGGAAUCCUAAGAGAGAAGAGCCAGACUGAACCCUGAAAGCUGUUUAUCUCAUCCAAACAGCUGCUUUCUGCCCUGGCUGGGGGGGAAGGUUUUUUUUGGGGGGGUGUCACGUUUUAAAACUCUGAUGAAAUAUUAUUAUUUCAGCUUUUCUUUUCUUUUUAAAACCUAUUUUCAGGGAUCAUUUCAGUGCAUUUGUGUAUAAAGUAUUUUAAUUAUUUUUUAUUUUUCGUUUUUAAAAGAAAACCCGUUUGGGGUGUGGUUUGGGGCGGGGUUAAAAUGAAAUUUUUGAAGUUUCAAACGGAUACGUCGCCUGUAUAUAUAGGACAUCUUUUCCGAGUCUUCUCUACGGAAUCCUUGUUUCUUGUAGAAACACAUGGCUUUUAUUUGGGGGUGGGGGGGGGUCGUUUUGAUUUUCGUUUGUUUGUUGGGGGAGCGUUCUGUUUAAAAGCAUGUAAAUAAUUUGUUAAAGUGACAAAUAGUAGUUUGGAGUUCUUUUUAAAGAAAAAAAAAAGCAGAAAAAAAACAAAAUCGCCAGCAGAAGACCUCAACGAGAGAGUCAGCAUUUUGGGGGGGGGGGGGUGUUGGGGGUGCUUGCCGUGUCCCAAGAGUGAAAAGCUGGCGCCGUUUUUUACAGCUUGUGUCAAGCUAUGUAUAAUGUAAAUUCUGUACAAAAGAUCUCAAAACUUUUUUGGGGGGGGUGUCAAAUGCAUAGAUCAAACUAGAAGCAUUAAGACGCUGAAGAUUUAAAAAAAACAAACUGAAAUGCCAAGAUGAGGCUUUUUGUUUUAAUUUGCCUUCCUGAUAAACCUUAAUGUGGGGGAAAAAAAUCUAUUUAUUUCAAACGAAGAAAAUGUGUACAGUCUAUUAUUAAUGGCAACCUAAAAUGUAUUUAAGCCGAUCUGCAAGUUUUAUUUUUGUUGUUGUUAUUUCUUCUUCUUCUUUUUUUGCAAAUUAAAUUCUUCUAUUUUACAAUGUUCCUCCACAGCUACCAAGCAUUUGUAGAAGUGACAUGGGGGGGAAAAAAUAAUAACAUAUAUUCAGCCCAAUGGGGCCGUGUUUUUCAGAAGAGCUUCGUUGCGCAUGAGCAAACUCGGUGUGAGCUGCAGGAUCACACCCGUCAGCCAAGAAAGCUGUGUAUGGUCACAGCCAGGCUGGGGUGGGGUGGGGAUGGGGGGGGUCUCCCUCCCUGCAGCUGCUCAAAUGAGGCAAGGGUUGGGUUGGGGUUGUGGGGGGGGAGAAGCACUCUAAAUUGGGGAAGGGUCUCUUGGUCUUGCAAUGGAGGAGAAGACCUCCGUUCCGAUUUCAUGAAUUCUGUAAAAAAAAAAAAAGACCAAUUUUUAAUUUGCAGUGUGGGGAAAAAAAGACCUCUUUUAAAAGGAGGGGAUUUUUUUUUUUUAAAGAAAAAAUGGUUUGCAGUAAACGACUUCUAUUUUUUAUGUUCCUUUCCAUAAAUAAAAAAAAAGAAAUAAAUGAUUUUUUUAAAA